AUGGCUGUCCUCGUCCUCCUCCUCCUCACCACCUUCCUCCCGUCCACCGCCCUGGCCGCCUUCUCCCCGGCCUUCUCCUUCUUUCUCGCCUGCGGCGCCGGCUCCACCGUCACCUUCCCACGCGACAACCCAGCCCGCAACUUCACCCCGGACGACGGUUACCUGACCACCAAACGCGUCCCGGCGGUGACGAACGCCAGCCCCAACAGCGCCGCCUCCCCGCUCUACGCCGCCGCGCGCGCUUCCAGCUCCGCCUUCUCGUACAGGCUUUCUUUCUCCGACUCCGCCGGGCAGGCCGCGUUCCUCGUCCUCCGCCUCCACUUCUUCCCUUUCUCCCCUGCCUCGCCGUCCACCGUCAGCAUCUCCUCCGCGCGCUUCGCGGUCUCUGUUCAGCUUCAGGACGCGUACACCGUGCUGUCCUCCUUCUCGCCGCCGAGCGCCGGCGUCGUCAAGGAGUUCUUCGUCCCGGCAGGCGCCUCCGGUGAAUUCCGCGUCACGUUCACGCCGGACGCCGGCUCGGCCGCGUUCGUCAACGCCGUCGAACUGUUCCCGGCUCCAGCGGAGCUGCUGUGGAACGGCAGCGUGACGCCGGUGGGCGCAGGCGCGGCGGCCCCCGACAAAGCCGCGUGGCCGAAGGACGCGCUGGAGACAGUGUACCGCCUCAACGUGGGCGGUCCCGAGGUGACCAAGGAGAACGACACGCUCUGGCGGACGUGGCUCCCCGACGACCCCUUCCUCUUCGGUCCCGCGGGGGCCUCCAUGCUGCAGAACACGACCACCGCGAUCGUCUACGCCACCUACACCAGGGAGUUGGCGCCCGACGUCGUCUACAAGACGCAGCGCGCCGCGAACGUGUCGGCGGCCGGAGCAGGGGUGGUACCUCUGCGUUUCAACGUCACGUGGACCUUCUCGGCGGAACCGGGGUCCAACUACCUCGUCCGUCUCCACUUCUGCGACUACGAGCAGCUGAGCUCCGUCGUCGGAGUCGGCAUCGUGUUCAACGUCUUCGUCGCUCAAGCCAUUGGCACCCAAGACUUCACGCCCACACAGUUCGAGACGCAGCCGAACACGGCCUUAUACAUGGACUACGCGGCCACGGCGCCCAUCUCCGGGAACCUCACCGUCAGCAUCGGCAUGUCCGCCAAGAGCAACCCUGGCGAAGGGGGCUUCCUGAACGGGCUGGAGAUCAUGAAGGUGCGACCUUCGGAUUCGAGCUUGGAGGCUGGGUCACGUGGUAGCAGCAGGAGAGUUUUGAUCAUCGCGCUCUCGACCGUGCUCGGCGCCUCGGUUCUCGCCGCCGCCGCGCUCUGCUUGUUCUUCGUCGUGCGGAGAAAAAGGCGGAUGGCGCGGCCGGCGCCGUUGGAGAAUGAGAGCAGCAAGCCGCUGCCGUGGUUGCAGGAAAGCUCCGGGUGGGUGCUAGAGCCGUCGAGCCGGUCAGGCGAGGGCACGACCGGCGCGAUGCAGAGGGUGAGCACGCAGCUCCACAUCCCGCUGGAGGAGCUGAGGUCGGCCACCGACAACUUCCACGAGCGCAACCUCAUCGGUGUGGGCGGCUUCGGCAACGUGUACCGCGGCGCGCUCCGCGACGGCACCCGCGUGGCGGUAAAGCGCGCGACGCGCGCGUCCAGGCAGGGCCUGCCGGAGUUCCAGACGGAGAUCGUGGUGCUGUCCCGCAUCCGUCACCGGCACCUGGUGUCCCUCAUCGGCUACUGCAACGAGCAGGCGGAGAUGAUCCUGGUGUACGAGUACAUGGAGAAGGGCACGCUGCGGAGCCACCUGUACGGGCCGGACUCCGACGGGGCGGCGCCGCUGUCGUGGAAGCAGCGGCUGGAGGUGUGUAUCGGCGCCGCCAGGGGGCUGCACUACCUGCACACGGGCUACUCCGAGAACAUCAUCCACCGCGACGUCAAGUCCACCAACAUCCUCCUCGGCGACGGGUUCAUCGCCAAGGUGGCCGACUUCGGGCUGUCGCGCAUCGGCCCGUCGUUCGGGGAGACGCACGUGAGCACGGCGGUGAAGGGCAGCUUCGGGUACCUUGACCCGGAGUACUUCAAGACGCAACAGCUGACGGACCGGUCCGACGUCUACUCCUUCGGGGUGGUGCUGUUCGAGGUGCUGUGCGCGCGGCCGGUGAUCGACCAGGCGCUGGAGCGCGACCAGAUCAACCUCGCAGAGUGGGCCGUCGGGUGGCAGAGGCGCGGGCAGCUGGACCGGAUCGCCGACCCGCGGAUCCUCGGGGAGGUGAACGAGAACUCGCUGCGCAAGUUCGCGGAGACGGCGGAGCGGUGCUUGGCGGACUACGGGCAGGUGCGGCCGUCCAUGGCCGACGUGCUGUGGAACCUCGAGUACUGCCUGCAGCUGCAGGAGACGCACGUGCGGCGGGACCCGUUUGAGGACAGCGGCGCCGUGGGCGCGCAGUUCCCCGAGGACGUCGUCGUCCCGCGCUGGGUGCCGUCGUCGACGAGCUUCAUGACGACGGGCGAUCCGGACGACACGGUUGUCACGGACGUGGGCGUCGCCAACAGCAAGGUGUUCUCCCAGCUCAGCAGCGGCGAGGGCCGAUGA